AUGAAAAUUACUAUUUCUGUUCUUAAACCACUUUUAAGGAGUGGAACAACAAUAAAUUGCCGAAAAUUCGCAACAGCAUUGGCUGUUGAGGAUAAUUUAAUACAACAAAAACAACCUUUAAUUAUUGAAGAAGAUAAUCAAAAAUAUACUUUUUAUCACAAAGAUUUGCAAAUAGAAAGGGCAGAAAUAUGGCAAAUGCAAGACAAACCCGAUAAAUACGAACAACUUAAAUUUGGACAUCAUUAUGCCGAUCAUAUGAUAGGGGUUGAUUGGAGUGAAGAGAAGGGCUGGACACAGCCACAAAUUACGCCUGUAUCUGAGAUUAGACUCCAUCCUGGUGCUAAGGUUUUCCAUUAUGCUGUCAGCCUUUUUGAAGGAAUGAAAGCUUAUCGAGGUGUUGAUGACAGAAUUAGACUUUUCAGGCCAGAAAUGAAUAUUUCACGAAUGCGAAAAACAGCAGCACGUUCCUCUUUGCCUGAUUUUGAUGGAGAUGAAUUACUUAAAAUUAUUACUGAAUUAGUUAGACUCGAUAAAGAAUGGGUGCCUUAUUCUUCCACAGCCUCUCUAUAUAUUCGUCCAACAAUGAUUGGAACAGACCCAACAUUGGGUGUUGCUAAUCCAAAAAAUGCUAAACUUUUUGUACUUUCUGGACCUGUUGGAUCUUUUUAUUCUACCGGAUUUAAUCCUGUUUCGUUAUUUGCUGACCCUUCUUUUGUUAGAGCUUUUCCUGGCGGCGUUGGAAGCUUUAAAAUGGGAUGUAAUUAUGCCCCAACAAUAAUGUUGGGAAAGAUUGCCUCAGAAUUUGGUUGUCAACAAGUUCUUUGGUUAAGCGGGGAAGAUCAGAAAUUAACAGAAGUUGGUUCAAUGAAUAUAUUCCUUUAUUGGAUAAAUGAAGAAGGAGGUAAAGAAAUAAAUAAAUGUAUUUUUUUAUUUUAUUUAUAUUUAGAAAAGGAAUUGAUAACACCGCCUCUUGAUGAUGGAUUAAUUCUUCCCGGAAUUGUAAGAGAAUCUGUUUUAACACUUGUACGGGAAUGGGAUGAAUUUAAAGUUAGUGAAAGUUAUCCAACAAUUCCACAAAUGAAAAAGGCAAUUGCCGAGAAAAGAUUACUUCAAAUUUUUGGAACCGGUACAGCAGUUGCUUUAGUUCCCGUCGGUCGGAUUGUAUUCAGAAAUCAAGAAACAAACAGUAUAGAAGAAUUUAAAAUUCCAACAAUGAAUUCUGGAGCAACAGUUAUGCAACGACUUUACGAAACAAUUAUAGAUAUUCAGCAAGGAAGGAGGGAUAGACCCGAAUGGAUUUAUGUAAUUGAUUAA